AGGAAGAGGAACAGGAGGAAGAGAGAAAGAGAAACAGAGAGAGAGAGAGAGAGAGUAACACGGCAUGUUCUACUCCUGAUCUGCUCCUGUUUGUAGUUUGUGUCAGAGCUGCGUCCUGGACAGUGCUGUCGUUGUUGUUCUUCUUGUUGUUGUUGCAUGUAAGAGUUUGACUCCUCUAUCUUCACUCUUUGGAUAAGAACCCCUGUCACUUGGCUGGAAGCUGCACACUUCCUCAUGGCUAACAUGAAACCCCGAAGUGAGGAUGAGGACGACGAUUGUAAGUCCAAAGAAACUGACACAGAACCCAAGAAUUCAAAAAAGAUGCUCAGCAAAGUGAAAUGGUCACGAGAAGAGGACGAGAAGCUCAAGAAACUUGUUGAGCAGCAUGGCACAGAUGCAUGGAAGUUAAUCGUGAAUUAUUUCCCAACAAGAACAGAUGGCCAGUGUCAACACCGCUGGCAGAAAGUUCUCAACCCAGAACUGGUGAAAGGGCCCUGGACAAAAGAGGAGGAUCAGAGGGUGAUUGAACUGGUGCACAAAUAUGGUCCAAAGCGGUGGUCUGUCAUCGCUAAGCACCUACAGGGCCGCAUAGGCAAGCAGUGUCGAGAACGCUGGCAUAAUCACCUCAACCCAGAGGUGAAGAAGUCCUCCUGGACCCAGGAAGAGGACCGCAUCAUCUACGAGGCACACAAACGGCUUGGUAACCGCUGGGCUGAGAUCUCAAAGCUGCUACCUGGAAGGACAGACAACUCUAUCAAAAACCACUGGAACUCCACCAUGCGUAGGAAAGUGGAGCAGGAAGGUUACCUGCAGGAUGGCAAUGGGAACUUCAGUGCCAAUCAGCCUCAGAAACGACACCCUAAAAGCUGUCAGUCUGUGGAACAAUCGCAAGGUCACGGCCAUCUGCUCAUGAACAGCCAGACACAGGUUGCAGGAUACAUGUAUGGCUCUACCAGCAGACAGGGCAUGGACAGCAUCACAGAGAGCUCGAGCUUCAUUUCUCCGUGCCAUGACGAUCCUGACAAAGAGCAGCGAAUUAAGGAGCUAGAGCUGCUCCUUAUGUCAGCUGAGAAUGAAGUCAGAAGACAGUCCGGUCCUUGUAACCCAGAGACUUACUCAAGCUGGUCAGACAGUCUGGUGGAUGAAACCAUGAGCACCACAGGGACUACCGAAGAAUCAGGUGUUGAGCUGGGUCGACCAGAGAAGGGCCAUGCUCCUUCUGUACCACUGCAUGUCUCUCCCAGCAAGUUCCUGGCAGUGGAGGCCAGCGCUGUGCUCUCUAGUCUGCAGACUAUUCCUGAGUUUGCAGAAACGAUAGAUCUCAUCAACUCGGAUCCUAUGGCCUGGAGCGAGGUGGGAAGUUUUGACCUAUCUGAGUCUGUCAGUCUCCCUAAACCCCCCGUCCAUGAUGGCGCGUACCCAGCUCAAAAUGACACCCCAGAGGAUGUUGGGUAUCAUGCUCCGGCCCCUGCUCUGUGCAGACCCCGUGUUGAAAUGAGUCAGGGGAAACCCAUUCCCCAAAGCACUCGCUCUGCAGGCAAAUUUAACUCCCCUCCACUGUCCCAGACGAGAAAGAAGACGAGAGACAGAGCAGAUCAAUCGCUCGGCGACGACGCAAACUGCAUCUCUUUUACAGACAACAUAAAGAGCUCGCUGAAAAGCACACCAGUUAAAGGACUUCCGUUCUCACCCUCUCAGUUCUUCAACAUAUCUGGGGCUGAGCAUUUGAACCUGGACAAUCCUGCACUAACAUCCACUCCAGUGUGUGCACAGAAAAACUUCUCUGUUACGCCUCAGCAGAGAGAAACCACACCCAAACAUCAGAAGGAGAAUGCUGGAUUCAGAACACCCAAAGUUCGCAAGUCUAUAAUGGCUCACACUCCGAGGACACCCACUCCAUUUAAAAAUGCAUUGGCUGCUCAGGAAAAGAUGCAUGGGCCGUUAAAAAUGGUGCCUCAGCCGCUGGCUUUUUUAGAGGAGGACAUUAGAGAAGUAUUGAAGGAAGAGACAGGGACAGAUAUCUUCAUUCAUGGACAACCUGAACAAAGAGCGUAUGAGGUAGAUGCUCCUGCCAGAAAAGUGAGGAAGUCGUUGCUAUUGGACAACUGGGGGAAAGACUGUCUCAAUGUGCAGUUGUUCCCUCAGCAGCAGAUCAGCACUAGUGCUCAGUCUCAUGACGAUGGCAUGUUGAGCAGCACAAUCUUGAUGACCCCAAUGAGAGAAGGAGAUGAGGACCUCAGCUGCUCUCCAGGUCCACUGAAAAUUGAUUCCCAGCUUCCUAUCUGCCCUCUCAGCCCUCAGGCAAAAAAGGAGCUCCUUACACACCGAAGCCCAGUCUACCAAGCCUCCACACAGGGUCGCAGCGAGUGGGAGGCAGUGGUGUUUGGGAAGACGCAAGACCAGCUGAUCAUGACAGAGCAAGCGAGGCACUACCUGAACUCUUCCCAGCUGCCAUUGUGCACCUCCAGAGCUCUGGUCCUGUGAGCUCCAUGCGUGCAUCAUCUCUGCUCCUGACAGCAGCCCCGUCAUUCUUAGCACUUCUGUUUUAGACAAUCUGGUGUAGGAAACUAAAUGCUCACCAUUUUUCUUUUUUUGUACAUGUGCGCUUAAGACUUACACUGUAUUUUAAAGUAUUUUAACCCACAAGGAGGCGUGUUGACUUGAUUUGAACGCAACUAGGCUUUCUCUUGAGAUUACGCUUUUGUUCUAGGUGUGCUGAUCUAGCUUAAGGUAAUUCUUUGCCGUAUUGUGUAACGUUUAUCCGUAGACAGUGUGAAGUAUUAGGAGAACCCAAGAUCUUUUUGCCUUAGUUGCCGGUUACUGAGAUAUAGAGUAAGUAUUUCAUGUAAUUGAGCAUUUUCUGUCUUUUUCUCUCGUCACGUCAGGUCCAGAGUACGAAAAUUCCAAAGAAGAAGUAAACAGACAAACGCAUAUCAGUUAGUCCUUUGGGAUUUUUAAUACGUUGCUUUUUAGAGGAUUUUUUUUAAAACAAAAAUAGUGUCUUAAGGAUCGAAGAGCACUAGCAGUGUUGCACUACUGAUUGUGGGUAACUGUUAAAGGGAGGGGCUUGAAGCAUGUUUAGGAGGGACUGGAUAGCACUUGCAAUGUGACUGUUUUGGCUCGAACCAUAAUAAGGGUUCUGCUCCGUGUUUUUGUUGAGUUUGACACUUACUGAAUGUAUUGUACAGCAUAUAAUUGCUAAGGUAGCGUCAAAAGAAAGGGUACCUCUUUUUUGUUUGUUUUUCUUUUUCUAAUUUAUUCAUUGCUGUAAUUCGAGUUGUUGAGAUGUUUAUUGAGCACUUGGACUGUCCAGUUUUUGUAACAGACCUACCUUUUGCUGACUGACAUGGCAGUGACUGCAGCCUAAAAACAAAACCAGCAACCUGCAUCCUAGCUGCUUUAGUUUUUAAACUAUCAAAAGUCAUGUUUGGUACUGAUUUUUAAUAUGCAGUCUCACACAAAAUAACACGUUCCAAGACGAGAUGGAUUUCUCCAUCAUUUAGGGCUGUAGGUUCUAUUUAUUAAAUCUUUACUAAUUUAUUUAUUUUAAAGCUAUAAAGAGAAUUUUAUUUCUGUUGUGUUAAGAAAGAAUAUUUGGCUACCUUCUGUGAGAAAUGUUUCCGAAAUUUUUAACAACAUACACUGCCACUAAUCAUUCUUUACUAAUUGGUUUUGAUCUAAAAUCAGUAAAUCAUCUCCAAAGUUCCGUAAGUUCAAACAAGUGUAAUUACAUACAGGUAGCGACAUGCAGCUUUCAAAUGCUUGUGUAGGCAAAUUGCACUUUUUAAAUGUUGUUCAAGUGUCUUUUUUUUUUCCAUCCCCUGAAGUGUUUACAUUUUAAGUCUUUUCGUGAUGGUGAGUGAAGUAGUUGAUUUUUAAUUUUUUUUUGUACAGAUGAAACACUGACAUUGGACUGAAAUAACAGUUUGUCUCUUUCACUAAGCGAUCUCAUCUGUGCAGGUAAAAUUGAAGGCUGUGCUAUACCUAAGAAUCAGAAAAGAAGUGAAUGAAACACAUGCACAAUCCUUUGGAGAUGUAGAACAGUUUUAUUGCUUACAGUAAAUCUAAACUUAAUCUUUGUCUGGUGUUGUAGGUAAUGGAGAAACUUUUUAAAGUAGUGUGUUUGUCAAGUCAGUGUCAGUGUGUUAUACUGGUCAAUGUGAAUUUAUUCAGGUGGGUUUAAAAGGGUCUACAUUAAGGCAUUAUUAUUAAACCAAGCCUCUGUCAUGUGCUGAGAGCUUUAAAAAAUAAAAAUAAUUUUUUUUUAAUAAAUGAUAAAAUCAGUUGGUUAGUCCAACACUAAGACAUCCUGUCCUAUGGGUAGCUUUUUAAAUUAUUUUCAUUUUACAAAAAAUGUAUUUGCAAUCCCAGAGUUUUUUAGGUUUUUCAUCACAUUUCAUAGCAUACGACUUUACGAAUUUAAUGUAACAUUGCAGGUAACAACAGAGUUGUGAGGCAUGUGUGUACAUUUUUGUCUUGUUUUUAAUGUGGGUGCAAGUUUGUGUAUAAAAUUCUAUUUAACACUCAACCACCUAAUCAUAGAUUUUAAAGGGAAGUAGAUGCAUAUAGCAGUUUACAAUGUAUGACAGACAGUACAUUCAGUUUAUUUGACAUAUACACAUUUUCACAAGCAAGACAAUUUACUUCCAACACUAUUUUGCUGUACAUAUAUCGCCUGCCUCUCUAAAUCCUGCUAGUAACCAUUUGUGGCCCUUGUAUGUACUGAGGGGGA